UUAUGUGGUGAUCUCAUUCUAUCGUGUCAUUUUUUUUAUUUUAUUAAUGAAAAGAAAAAAAAUAAAAACUUAUUAUUAUCUUAGAGCUACCCUAUAAAAACCCCAAUGCCUACCUUACUUUGCUCAUUACCUCCCAUCCUCUCCUUCUUAUUCCUCUCUUCCUUGUAGAAAAGGUCCAUACAAGAUGGACAAGAAACCUUGUACCUCACAAGAUCCAGAAGUAAGGAAGGGGCCAUGGACUAUGGAAGAAGAUUUGAUCCUCAUCAACUAUAUUGCCAAUCAUGGUGAAGGUGUAUGGAACUCCCUUGCCAAAGCUGCUGGCCUUAAACGUACCGGGAAGAGUUGUCGUCUUCGAUGGCUAAACUACCUCCGACCUGACGUACGGAGAGGCAAUAUCACACUGGAAGAACAACUCUUGAUCAUGGAGCUGCAUGCUAAGUGGGGAAACAGGUGGUCGAAAAUUGCUAAGCACUUGCCAGGAAGAACCGACAACGAGAUAAAGAAUUUCUGGAGGACAAGGAUCCAGAAGCACAUAAAGCAGCCGGAAACCUUUCCGGGACAACUGCCCACUGAUCAGAUGAACAUAGAUCACCACCAGGCUAGCACGAGCCAAAUGUGCGGCAUGACGGCAGAUAUGGUCACCUAUUCUCCACCGGCGACUAAUUUCCAGGCAGAUCAUCAUGUGGAGGCUCUUCAAGCUCCGCCCAAUAACCUAAAUGUUGAAUCCGAUGAAAGCUACUGGAGCAUGGAGGACCUCUGGUCAAUGCAGUUAUUGAACGGUGAUUGAGGCAUGCACUCAAUAAAAGCUCGAUAUACUCCAUAUAUCACCGGACCGACUCGAUAUAUUAAUAUUUGGAUCUCUAUUAACUAGCUAGGGUUUGUCGACCGACUGUAAGUAAGGGGGUCUUAAGGUUAGUAUUUUCAUAUAUACGAAACAGUCUAAUCUCGUAUAGGGCUUGUAUUUAGUGGAUCCUACACUAUAAAGUUCCUAUGGUGAAUGAGAGUAUUAAUGUGGCUUAUGUAUUAUUUACAUUAUGCAUGUAGGUAAUGAAGAUUUUCUUAGAAAAAAAAGGAGAGUGAGAGAGAGAAAUAUAUAAAUGAACUGCAAUAAAAAUCUUUUUAAGAGAAUAAUGUCAAUUCUGUGUAA